AUGAAUAAUGUUGCAAAGAAUGUUAAAGCCUUUGAAGAUAUUCAUAGCCUCUGUGUAUCGUGUCUACUUUCUAGCCCGCGUGAAUUAUCCAUCAACCGUCCAUCUGCUAUCGGAGUUAUUUACGAAUCCCCUACACGAACAACAAGAUCACCAUGGUACGCACAAGUGUCGAACGAUGUGACCAAAAUUUCCUUGAACUCUACCCGUGUGCUCAACCUGCAUAAACUUCGGAAGAAGGCUUGGGAAAGAGGUCUUGGAUUUCGCGCUUUGGCUAUUUAUGCACCACGAAUAAAGGCCAAAGUAGAUCUUCUGUUAUCCAAAAUCGCGGACCGCUGUGGACAACCAAUUGACAUCACAGAAUACGCUAUGUUUUUUGGCUUCGAUGUGAUGGGCGAUAUCGGAUUUUCCAAAGAUUUCCACAUGUUAGAGCAGGAGAGUGAGCAUCCCGCUAUCAAAGGUGUCCACGAGAGCAUGUUGGCCAUUGGUGUUCUAGGUACAGUGCCAUGGCUAUUAUCAAUGAUAUCUAAAGUGCCUGGAGCAGCAGCAAGCUUUUCUCGAUUUACCACAUGGUGUCAUCAGGAACUUCAGAAAAAGCGUGAAAUUAUGGCCAAUGAGGCCGCGAUGCUAAAGGAUCAAGAUCAAGAUCCACGAGAUAUAAUAUCCUGGCUGCUGAAAGCACUGAAUGAAGGAGAUCCUUCAGCUCCACCCGGUGAAAUUGCAAUUCAGGAGGAUGCUCCAAUACCACUAGCGUCGCUCUUUCAAAUGCGUAAACUCUAUUAUCUCGCUAGCAACCCAAAUAGCUAUCGGCGUCUUCAAGCAGUGAUUCAUCAAGAAUUCCCCAAAGGCAUAAAUGAUUGGACAUAUGAGAAAAAUAUUCCAUAUCUGAACUAUGUAAUUCAGGAGACGUUACGACUAAUGCCUUCCGUCCCAGGCGGCUUACCACGUCUCACGCCUCCGCAAGGCCUCAUGAUUGAUGACCAAUUCAUCCCCGGGGGCACAAUUGUUUCAGUCCCAACAUAUACAGUACAACGAGAUGAACGAUUUUGGUCAGAUGCAGAUGCUUUCAAGCCCGAGAGAUGGGAGAGCCUAUCAACAGAAACGUCUGCGUGGAUUCCAUUUACACGAGGCCAAUGGGUAUGCCCCGGUAGAAAUCUUGCUAUGAUGGAGCUUCGCAUGGCUCUUAGUCGCAUUGCACUUCAGUAUACUAUCUCAUUUGCUCAUACAGAUGCUGGGAAGAACUUUGACGCUGGAGUUAAGGAUACUUUUACUUUGACACUUCCAUCGUUGCAUCUUUUAUUUACGCCUUUAUAA